CUUCACAAGUUAACAGCUCUUGAAUAAUUCAUCCCAGGCGCAGGAAGGCUGUCUCUUGCCUGAGUGAUGCGCACAGAGCAGGAGAGAGCUGCGAGUGGGUUCGCGCCACCGCCUCUCCCUUCUGAGCUCAGAGCGCUCCUCAGCUCAGCUGCUGCCGCGCCCUCGCCGCCGCGCUGCCUGCCACCGCCCGGCGUGCAGCAGGCGCUUUCCUUUGCAGCCCCUCGGAUGCCGCCGGGGAGCAGCGGGGCGCUCGCUCCUGGCACGGAGCCCGGCGGAGUUCCUCCUGCUGACGGCGGACCGCAGGCUCGGCUGAGCGGCGACCUCCUGGCAGCCCCCUCUUCGGCGCGGGCUGAGGACCGAGCCCAGGACCAGGGAUCCCACCCCUCCGUCUGACAUCUGCCCCGUUGCGGCAUCUCUGCGGUCUGCUAACCAGGGUCUCCAGCGGCACGCGGUGAGCGGUGUCAGGAUGGGCGGCGCCGCCCGAAGCCGACGCUAGGCGCGGGGGUAGCGGCGGCCAGGAUGAGCAACGCCUCGUCCGCGUCCACCACCGGGGAGCCGCUGCCGCUGCUCUGCGAGGAAGAGGAGCCGUGGGCGGGCCGGCGCAUCCCCGUGUCCCUGCUGUAUUCGGGGCUGGCCAUCGGAGGCACGCUGGCCAACGGCAUGGUCAUCUACCUCGUGUCGUCCUUUCGCAAGCUGCAGACCACCAGCAACGCGUUCAUCGUGAACGGCUGCGCCGCCGACCUCAGCGUGUGCGCGUUGUGGAUGCCGCAGGAGGCAGUGCUGGGGCUGCUGCCCGCGGGCGCGGCGGGGCCGGCGGGGGACUGGGGCGCUGCGGGCCGCUACCGCCUGCUGCGGGGCGCGCUGCUGGGCCUGGGGCUCACGGCGUCGCUGCUGUCGCACGGCCUCGUGGCGCUGAACCGCUACCUGCUCAUCACGCGCGCGCCCGCCACCUAUCACUGCGUGUUCCUGCUCGCCACGCAGCCGCUCGCCUGGGUGAGCCUGGCGCGCGGCCUGGCGCUGCCCGUGCCCUGGGGCGUGCAGGCGGCCAGCUGGCUGCUGUGCUGCGCGCUGUCGGCGCUCAACCCGCUGCUCUACACCUGGAGGAACGAGGAGUUCCGCCGCUCGGUGCGCUCCGUGCUGCCCGGCGUGGGCGACGCGGCCGCUGCCGCCGUCGCCGCCACCGCGGUGCCCGCUGUGUCCCAGGCGCAGCUGGGCACGCGCGCCGCCGGUCAGCACUGGUGACCCCGAGCGAGGCUCUGGCGGCCGACAGCCGCGCCCACCGCGGAGCCCGCCAGGCCCGAGCCGGGUCCCGACCGCCGAUUCUCACUCCCGCUUCCGCGCUUUUGAGCGGCCCUCGAGUCCGUGCGCCCGAGACGCUGAGAACUCGCCAAGUGGCGCCUGAGAGGACCCGCGAGGCUGUUCCAACCGGCGGCCAUAAAGCCUGCGUGGCACCAACCCUUUCUGCUCACCGUCUCAGUACGCGACGCGCCUCGAAUGUGCAUGGGCCGAAGGACUCACGAGCAAGGCGCAGUCUGAGAGUUAGAAAGGAGCUUGUAUCUCGGGAUGCUUCAUUGUGUUUGAUCUUGUAGAUAAACUCCAGAGAGGGAAGCCUGGGACGGUGCGCGCCGCACCGACCUUCCUUGCCACUGAGACCUCAAGUCCUUUAUUUUUAAAAGGGUUUUUAUAAAGUCAAGUUAUUCUUUAAUGAGAUAGAAUCAUAGUCAGGGAGAAAAACCCGCAAAUUUUCUCACUUUACACUCCUUUCCCACUUCUAAGAUUAAUACUAGCGUUGAGCAUUAGGUGAAAAUUUUCCGGCUUGUUCACAAUAGUCAGAGCCAGAAACGGAAUUUUGAAAACAAACCAGGGGGUUCUCCGUUUAGGUGCCAGCCUCACGUUUCUACAGCAUGCACACUUGUUGUUACCCUGACUUUGUAACCAAUUUACUUGUCUUCAGAGUGUGCUUGCAGUCUUGAGCGUUCUGCACCAUUCUGGAUGCUGAGGAGGACAAGGCCUGUGUUUCUCUCUCACAGCGUCUCACUGCACAUGACAGAAUCAAACACUACUAAUACCAUAACUGCACAGCUGAUGCUAGCUUCGACUGCAUGCUCCUAGAUGCUAGAACUUAUUGGGCAUGUGACUACUAAAGCAAUAGCCAUUAGACAAGGACAUUUUGUUUCUUCCAGACACCAGAAGAAAUGACCUUCAAUCAUUUGGAAGAGAUACAGAGACACCUCUGGCACCUAGAGUUCUGCUGGUCUUGCUCUGACUUAUGAGAAAGCCCCCAGUUGGCUUUCUCUCAUAAAUGGAGCCACAGUCAAGAUGGGUCAGUAGGAGACUCGGCUCUGCUGUCACCUGUGUGCGUUCAUGGGCUGAACAAGCCACACGUCGGAGAGUACUGUGUAUUUGUGUAGUUUGUAUGUAUUACCAUGACGUUGAACGUUGGUAUUAAGUCUAUCGAAGGAAGCGUGAUAAACUCCGCUAUAUAUGAUGAAUGGUUCAAAUGGGACUCUUUUCAAAUGUAUGGUUUGAGGCUUAUCAUUUUCAUGCUUAGUUUACAAAAUUUAUUUAGGAACAUUUGAGAUGCAAAAUGAAAUUUAUAAAACUAAAAUGGAAAGAAUGUAAUUUUAAUAAUUACAUGUCAGGCUACUAAUACAUUAAAUAUGGGGCCAAAUAGCCUUGAGUAACUGUGUAUUUCAGAUGCAAAAACAGCUUGCUUUGCUGUACUCUUGGACAUUUUAAGCCAGGAUGUUAAGAACAGUUGUGCAUUUGAAUAAUUACAGAAAUGACAGAAAACCUUGUCAUGUUUGUAGUAAAACAAAAUAAAACAAAUAUGUUCAUUGCCAAUGAUACAUCAGCGGUCAUCUUACCAUCAGUUCCCUUUAUGCAUGUACCAUUUCUGACUAGGCUUUCACUUGUUCCCUUUUCCUUGAUUCAGAUAUUUAAUUAAAGUUCAGACA